GGGCAGUGCACUCUCGAUUGGAACUUGCGUGUAAGGAGUAUAGUAUACUUGCGGGACACGACGACAGCACGAAAUUCAUAUAAUAAAAUAGUUAUAUAGACUCUAAAGACAGUCAAAGCACGUUUCGUACCUGUUCCAAGUGAAAAAAAAGUACGAAAAGGGAGACGGAGAAAAACGUUCGGUUCCUAGUCGAUAUAAAAUUGCGCGCGUUUAUCUCCUUUCGUAGAAAAGCACGUGUGUGUUGUUUGUCUUCGAAAGUUGGUCAAAAUAGUCACGGACAAGAUAAGAGGGGAAAAAAAAAAUAUGUGAAAUCUUGAAGAUUGCCGGACUAAGACCCUUCGACUGAGUGCUCCUUGGUGCCAUUAGCAACAAGACGAGAAUUAUCGUUUCGAGAUUUCGACAGUGCAUAACCUCCAAAUUUUUCACGGCAAGUUUUUUCUUUGCCGAUCAUCGCCCACCGUCUGCGCGGUUCGACGUAUUUUUUUUCCUAUCGCAUUUCGUGCUACAUACAAUCAACAAAGAGGUUAAUUUUGUUUUACGAUCUGGACGUUUAAAUUUUUUUCCUCUUAUCAACGUACGAAAAUUCUACGCAAUUAGUACCGUCGUGAGUGUGUUGCGGAAAAAUUAAGUAAUUCCCUGAAAGACUGAUUCUUAUUCGCCAACAAGAACCGAAGAAUCGAUGCUCCGCUGUUAAUGAGGUGCGUCGAAGAUCGUAAGAAAAGCAAGCGAUGUUGGUGAUACGGCCUUAAAGUGAAAUGUCCCGAAGUCUGCCAGACAGAGUUGCAGGGCUCUAUUAUGCCCAUGGCCUGUUUUGUUCCUCCCAUCCUGUUACAGUCAUAUCUCUGGCAAUCUCGGUCGUCCUAUUAUGUUGCUCUCCUUUGGUGAAUUUGCCAAUCCCUGGCAACGCGCCACGGACUGUGAUAAAUCACACAAUAACACCGGUCAAUGGAUCGGAUACUCCAGCUCUUUACGUGCAGCAAGUUGUUAUGAGGGUCGGUGUAGUACCGUGGGCCGAAGAUCUCGCUCUCUCCGACGCCUUCCGUGGACCACUUUACGAAAUUUUCAACCUUCUUGAGAUCAUACAAAAUUACCAAGAUCCUGAGACUCUGAAGACUCUUGGUCAAGUGUGCCUUCAUGUCGAAGCGAUAAAAAAAAGAAAUUCCAAAAAACCAGAAAUUUUGCCAGAGUAUAAUUGUCUCGUUUUAUCGCCUGCAAAUUUGUGGCAACAGAGCAUGGAGAUAUUCAAUCAAGAUACCGAUCUUCUGGGCACUAUUUUUUCUUACCAGAGUCUUCAAAAGGGUAAAAUAAGCGUAGCUGAGAUGAUGUUCGGCAUGAACCUUAAGGAGACCGGGAUCAAGAGAUAUCCCGUUCGCGUGCGACAGAGAGUUCUGCAAUAUGCUGUCACCAUUUUUCUUAAGGAAUACGAUCCGAGAUUCAUAAGCGGUUUAAAAAAUCGUUUAACGACGUAUUAUUCGCUGCAUCAAGUGCGGGAGAAAACGUCAGCGCAGCCGGAGACGCACGACGAGACUCUGCACAUUUUUUAUCCCGGUGAAUUUAAUUACAGCGAGUUUUUUCCGUUAACAAUGACGUUCGUGGCUCUCUUCUUUUAUAUUUAUUUUUCUGUUCGUAAAAUCGAGCUUAUAAAGUCCAAAGUCGGUAUGGCGUUUAGCGCGAGUUUCACCGUUAUAUCAUCGUUGGCAAUGACCGUAGGCAUUUGUUUUUUCUUCGGUCUCACGCUAAGCCUAAGCAGCAAAGAAAUAUUUCCAUAUCUCGUUGUGAUCGUUGGAUUGGAGAAUGUUUUGGUAUUGACGAAAAGCGUUGUGAGCACGCCCUCGCACUUGGAUGUUAAAAUAAGAGUUGCACAAGGAAUGUCGAAAGAAGGAUGGUCGAUAACGAAAAAUUUGCUAACCGAAGUGACCAUUCUCACAAUUGGAUUGUUUACGUUUGUUCCGGCCAUUCAAGAAUUUUGCAUAUUUGCUAUUGUCGGUCUUCUCAACGAUUUUUUUCUUCAAAUGUUUUUUUUCUCAACUAUACUUGGGGUUGAUAUACGCAGAACGGAGCUCUCGAGCGAAAACUCCAAAUUUCAUAUGUCGACCAUGCGAUCCAAUCGUAAACAACAAUUUACAACGAUCAUUUCGAAUAAAAAACCGAACAUAUUCCGUUCCAAGUCGCAUCCGAGGUUGAAUGGUCUCACAACCGGUCCAACCAAUGUCAUUGCUCCAAAUACCCAAAACACUCAGAACCUCGUGAAAACAUCGAAGCGAUUGAGGCUCGUGCACUUUUGGGCAAGAACGCGAAUCUUCCAACGAGCUUUCAUGGUAUGGAUGGUCGUUUGGAUAAGCAUGAUCAUUUAUAAUUCUGGAGUCAUCGAACAUCUCAUACAUUUGAGCGACACGCUCAAACCAGAUACCGAAAACGAUGGAUAUACUAUGGAAAGACCCCAAACUAUCAAACCAUACGUUGGCUUAAGCACUGUGAAGCCUCUCACUAUUCAGACGUCAACCGGAUUGCCUAAUGUUCCCAGUGAUCAGCCUCCAGUGACGAACAAUAUAACGGAAGAGCUAAAUAAAUUACGGCCAGUAGAUUUUCCACCGUGGAAUCGAUUGUCGUUGUAUCAUUGGUCAUCGAUUUUGAUGAUGUACAAUAUAUCCCUGGCCGGCCAACACAUAACAAUAUUACCGGCAAUAAAGUUAUCAAACGCUUUCAGUCCUCGUUUGGUCAGGCAAAUCAGCAAUCCAAAUGACGUGCAGUUAUUCCAAUGGCAGAGUUUCGCCACGGCCGCUCUUGACCCGUUGGACUUUUCAGACAUGGAGAUACCGACGAGAUCGGAGGCACGUGGAUUCAACACGAACGCGCCGUUCGUUCCCUCGAGUCCGAUGGAAAUAUUUUUGGCAGCUGUUUUGUGCUUGAUUAGCGUAAUCGUCGUGGCGUAUACGAUGGUGGUACUCUAUCGAUGUGUUUGUACGAGAAAUUACGCUGAGUGGCGAGCGAGUUGGCAUCAGCAGGAGAAAACUCAGGAUUCAUCGACGCAGCUCGUGCUAGAAACUCUGCCUCUUGUGCUCGAAGGUCACACACAAGAGGUCGAGUGUAUAGCAACCGAUGGGAACACGAUUGCGAGUACGUGUCUGGCCGGACAUAUUCGAGUAUGGGACUCGAUAACCGGGGAAAUGGUCGCGCAUAUCGAUAGGAAAAAAUUCUUCAAUAACGUACCGAGAGAUCUAAUCAACGGGACGCCCGAUCCGGACGAGUUGAUGUCCGAUUACGAGAGCGGUUCGCCACCGUCACGCGGUGAAAUGGAAACUUCCAACUCUUACGUUCUCAGCAAUAACUCGCCGGCUCCGCACCGACAAAAAUCCUCACCGACAUCCGGAAACUAUCGGCCCAUAACGCAAACUACAUCUACCAAAAGACACUCCAUGAAUUGUCUCUACAACGAUUAUCAAAUACAAGAAUUUUCUCCGGACAAACGCACCUCCGUAUUUCGACGCAGUCUUGAUCAAACGUUCGAAUUACCAGACUUACGAUCUUCUAUAAACACACGUUUUUCUUCUAUAAAAUAUUCACCGACACAAACCAAUUACGAGCAAGGAUUCGAUUAUGGUGAACGCUACAAACAUCUUUCCGAAGAACAUCGAAAAUCAAUCGAAGACGUACAAAAGUGCGAGAGCACCGAGGGACUCAGCAUUUGCUCGGGGAGAUUCAAUACCAAUGAACUAACCGAUAGUGCGAACUCCCUUAACACUUAUAAAACUUCUUCAAAUAACCAAAGCCCGUCCCCCAUAUGGUGCGUUGAUUAUCAAGACAAUCUUAUCGUCGUCGGCUGUGCCAAUGGUUCUCUUGAAUUUUGGGAAGGCACGACCGGCCGCUUCAAAUGUUUCUUCGACGAUGGUUCGGGUCUUGGAACUUCGGCAGUGAAGUUCGUUUGUAAUAGGGUGAUUGCCGCGAAACUGAACGGUGCUGUAGAUUUUUUGGAGCUCGAAAGAUACAGCGAGGGUCUUCAAGUGGGCUGGGGUUUCAGUUCCGGCAGAAGAACUCAUGUUAGAACAGGGAGUGCAGGAUCGCCAAUGGAUAUAAAUAAUUUACCACCUGAAGAAGACCUGAGAUGUUUGAAAAAAGGCUCUCACCGGGCUCAUCAGCAAGCCAUAACUGUUUUGGACAGUGAGGGUGGUCGUGUCCUUACAGGAAGUCAAGAUCAUACGCUAAAAGUCUUUAGGCUGGAGGAUCAACUCCCUUUGUAUACGUUACACGGACAUUGUGGCCCAAUAUCGUGUCUCUUUAUCGAUAGGGUCAGCCCGAUGACCUCGGGAAGUGGAUCUCGCGAUGGAUUGCUCUGUGUAUGGGAUUUAUCGACGGGGAUGUGCAUGUACAGCAUCCAAGCGCACGAUGGUGCUGUCGCUGCGAUAACCUGCUCGGCCUCGUACAUCAUAAGCAUCGGUACCGACGAGAGACUCUGCGUCUGGGAACGUUUCCAGGGACAUUUGUUGCACGCGCUACCUGCCCAAAAAGCUGCUUACAGCUUUCAAUUAGUCAUGCUAACACAACAGUUGCUCAUCACGAGUAAUCAGGGUUCUUUAGUGGUCUGGGACGUAAGGACGGGGGAGCCUGUUCGAGAAGUGAGGUUGGGCCACAAGGAUGACAGUGUUUACGUGAAGCAAAUGCUUGCAUUAAGAGACAGUAUAGUAUGCGAUUUCGGGCGCCAAUUACGCAUUGUCAGAUUUCCUCUGGUGUCUGACAAGCUCGACUGAGUUCCUUCAAACAAAAAAAACUUUAAAAGAAGAUAAAAAACCGAAGAAGCAUGUCCGUUGUAAAUAUAUUCCGCGUUAUCGUCGGUUCUCUCGAUCGAUCGGGGGGAAGGAGAGAGGGGUGAAAGACUAAUCGUGUUUCACCUGUUAAUUUCUAUCAUGCAAGGCAACGAGCUCUCCUUAACUUUUUUUAUACACAUCAACCUUUCACGCUUCGUGAAUAUAUUUACCGAUAGUCACUUUUUAACGAGAUACAUGAAAAAAAAACAAACAAAACAACAAAACAAAGUUAUUAACGACGAAUGAGUAACCGGUUUCACGUACUGAUCUGUGAGCACAAUAAUGAUUUUCAUAAGAAAAUCUUCAAACUCUCAUUGAUCGUUAGGCUGUGUGUGUAAGUGAAUGUGUGCGUCGUUCUGAUUGUGGGUAUGUGUGUGGUUGUGUUCAUACACAAUCUUUGUACUGUGACGAGACUUUAUCGAGGCAAAAGUAAUGAGGCUGUUGCAUAGAUCUCGAUCGACAAUCGAUGAUUCAAAUGUUUGUUUUUAUUUUCUUUUUUUCAUUUCUAAUAGAAAAUCUAUUUAUGUAUCGCAUAUACAUUAUAUAUACAUACGUACGUGUCAAUCAAACUGAAUGUAUAUGAAUGAAUGAGGUAUUAGAAUUACGAUAACUAUGUAGAAAUGAGAGUGCCUUUUUCGCAUCUGAUUAUUCUUAAUUAUUCCUCAAUGCUGAACGUCAAUAAUUAUUUUACUUUUCUUUUUUUCUAAUUUCCUUUCACACAAAUUCAUAUUUCAUAAUUUAAUUAUACAUUAACCGCAGCCUUUGUACGUAAUUGCAACGAGCGUUAUUGCUGAUUUUUUGAUGAGGUAGCUAAGACGUCGAUGUUUAUAUUUGUUGUGGGUUUUUACGAAUUCUGAAUGCACCGUUGUUCCGAGUUACGAAUGUAUUUUUACAGUUUUUUCUUUUACAAGUUGUUACGAAUUUUUUGGUUGCUUCUAUGGAGGAUAUCAUAGUUCUACGGUAUAAUGGGACUAAAUUUGAUCGUAGUUGAUGUAUAUUUAAGCGUUGUGGACCUCGUCAAAAGUAGGCUGUGGCUAAGAAUUUGAUUCACAAAUUUUACAUUUAAAGUUCUGGUUGUUUUGGCGCGAAUCUAAAAUUUUUCAAUAAAAAAUAAUGAGCCUCGCACAUUUCUUUGAAAACUAGAACGCCAAACUGUAUUUCUUUAAGGUAGAGCCUCGCCACAGUCACCUUCAAAACUCAAUUCUCCGGUAAAAAAUUUGAAAACUUGUAUCACUCGCAGAAUAAGUAAACAGUGGGAAUUGUUACGUCAGCGUGAGGCAAGAGCCUGAAAACAUAUGAACUUUCAGAAAGAAAUAUUAAGAAGACACAAAAUAUCUCUAUUCAUCAAGAAUUUUGAACAGGAAUGCUUUUCCCUCGUCGUUUGGUGGAUUUGAAAAUCAGUGGAUUCGAAAAAAGUCAUAAUCGGACUGGAAAGUAAGGAAAAAAUAAGAUGAAUCAAUAGAUUGCCAGAAAAUUGUAUUCCCCAGAAAAAUUAUAGGGCGAUGGAGUCGACUUCUAUUUUUGUUAAUCUAACGCUUGGAGGAAUGUAUCGAAAAAAUUUGUGGUUAGCAUUUUCUUGCAAUCGUUCGUCAGAUUCUAGGCAAUGGAAACGCUUCCGCAAGUGUUUUCAUCGCUGAAAAAGUCCGCCCCAAAAUUCGAACGCGUUUGUUGUGUGAUUGAUCGAUGGGAAAUUGUGGUGAUAAUUCUGAAGAAAUUUCGGCCUUGUGCAAUAUUUCAAGCACUGUCCUAGCUACCUCAAAGAGUGAAACGUAGGAAACAAUGAUAAUGAUUUUGUUGGAAUGUCAGUGUGUGCAAGCAAUUUUCGGUGGCUAGACGAAACGAUUGCUCCGAAUUUUUCACGGCCCAGUUAAUUCUCUGGUCUGAGAAACCCAAAAAACGAAUACAAGCGAUUCGCGCUUCACAAAACUUUGAUAAACCUAAAAAGAAGAACGAAAAUUCUCGAGAAAAUAUGAACUGCACGAAGGCUUUGCAUGUGCAAACGUUCCUUCGAGUCAGGUUUUCAAGCUUCGAACAGCGAGUUUUCCGGGUCUGGAAGACCCAGUACGCAAAAUCGAGCAGGAAACUCUUGAUACAUCUGUUCGUGAAAUGAGGUGGUGAGAAAUUCAUAUGAACUUUCGACGAAUGCAGAAGUGAGAUCUAAAACGUCGUUUAGUAUAAAAACAUCGUUUCUGCUGACAGAACCGUUCAUGAUUUUUUUUUAGUUUUCUAAAAUAUAUUUAAAGAAGUAUACAUGAAUAUAUAUUUUGAGGUUAUUGCGAUCAAGAAUGUUGAAAUUUAGACUGAAAUUUUGAAUAGUUGUGUCCGAUUGUGAUCGUACCCUCAAUUUCGGUGAGAAUAACGACCGAGAGACAUUUUGUAAGAUCGCAAAAUACAUAGAAAGUAUAUUUUUAUUAACCAAAGUGCAGUAUGUCUCAAAGACUAGUACUUGGUAUGCGGUAGAAUAUAAAAGCAAAACUAAAAAGAAAGUGCAAAAAGAAAAAGAAGAAUUUAAAAAAAACGAAAAAAAAAACAAUGUGAAAAUUUAUAAAAUGUGCCAUUGAUUGGCAUUUGUAUACGUCGAACAAAUGUGGACGUUUUUUUUGCUGUUUUAAAAAAUAUUUAUUGUGUAUAAUUUUCAAUAGCAUUCAAAUAUGUCAUAAACUAAAAUUAUUCUCCUGAAUAAAUUAUCAUCUUUGAUAAA